AUGCGCCCGCAGCCCUGCUUAGCCUUGGUUCCCUAUACGCCUCGUAUACCCCUACCGGGAUUAGCCACGAAGAAACCGGCUCCCCAGACGGAGGAGGAGGUGGAUAAAGAUGAAGAGGACAGUGAUAAAGAUGCCACAAUGGAUGCGUCUGGCCCUCCACCGACCUGCCCUACUUCUCCGCUUCUCCUGUCCUGGCCUUCUCCUUCGUUUUCACCUCCCUCCGGACUGGAGUUCAUUGAUGAAAGAAAUCGAACGAAGAAAGAAUAG